AGAGACAACGCGACGGCUGCUGCUGCAGAAAUGUACGGGUGUUGCCGUCGGGGACAUUUCACCCGGAGCAAAAUCCGAAUCGUUAAAUGUCCGCGUGCGCGUAUAAAACCGUCACCGUUUGUGGACCGGUGUGUUAUGGGAUACCGUCGUGUCGUGUGAAAUUUUCCACGAUGCUCACCGCGGUUUUGUUCGUUGCAGUGUUCUCCGGUGGAUACGGAACACAGUGCGGUAUCAGGAACACAGUCUACGACACGGACCGCAUUGUUGGCGGCACGGAUGCCGGUCCCCAUGAGUUCCCUUGGCAGGCGUCGCUUGGCCUCUUCAGCUCACCCGUGUGCGGGGCGACCAUCCUCAACGACCGGUGGGUCGUCACAGCGGCCCACUGCAUUCGUUACCGUCAUUACUUCUACAAAGUGCUUGUUGGGAAAAAUCAUCUUGAUCGAAUUGAGAGCACGGAACAGUCUUACUCCGUUUCAGCCAUCAUUGUACAUCCAAAGUUUGAUCCCGACAGCGUGGAUUACGAUGUGGCUUUGAUUCUCCUGUCGAAACCCUUGAACUUUGCUAAAUACUCCUACCUGAGGCCGGUGUGCCUGCCUUAUUCCUUCGAGAAUUUCACGGGUCUACCAUGCAUCGCAACUGGCUGGGGCUAUACAAGACCAGAUGGAUCGGAGUCUGAUGUUCUGCAAAAAGUGAACCUACCAGUGUGGAGCCAGAGCAGCUGCAGGAGUACCUACAAAGAUAUAAAUGACAUAACGGACAGAAUGAUGUGUGCCGGUUACUACAAAGGAGGUCGUGGGCCUUGCAAGGGAGACUCCGGCGGUCCUCUUCAAUGUCCCAGGAGCGACGGCACCUGGGUCCUAGCUGGCAUCACUUCUUGGGGCAUGACUUGCGCGGCGCCUCGACGACCUGGAGUCUUCAUGCGAGUCAGCACCGUCAGGAAGUUUGUCGACUUCUAUAUCAAGCAAAAACCCGCCCGUCGCUAAACAAUAAAAAAAAAAAGAUACCUGGAAGCUAGGUGUGCAGUGUGGGCUUGUUUGUCUUUAUUCUUUUCACCACAAGUGAAAGACCAGGGCGCAUAUAGUGCCCACUUUUUUGGUCGUUAAAUAAAUACGUUACAAACCAAA